CCAUUUGCGUUAUAUUUUUAAUGGAACCACUUUCUGUCUCUCUCUCAUUGUGUUAGUUUCAUCAAUGGAAUUUUUGCAGUACGCUGGGAUCCGCGUUUCUCGAUUGCAGGGACAACAGCCAGUUUCUCAUUCUCUUCUUAUCUGCCUGUAAUCUCCAUCGCUGCGGAUGAAUUCUCUGUUUUCUGUCAUUGUAAUCCUCUCUCUUAUCUUCUCUUUUUCUUUUGUCUUUGUUUGUUUAUCCCUUUUGUUGUUCGCAUUGUCUCGAUUUUGACAAUCUAUUCGUCGAGAUUUGUCUCCUUGCGAGUUAUAUGCAAUCUUAAUAUUUUGAAGAAUUAGAGGUGCUGGUAGGAACUAUUUUAGGAGGUACUUAAGCUGUCUGUGUUUGGGAUUUUUGAGUGGCGAAUGAUGAUGAAUGCGAGGGAGCAUCAAACGGUACCGCUUUCAGUUCUGCUAAAGCGUGAAUUGGCAAAUGAGAGGAUAGAGAAACCUGAGAUUUCGCAUGGGCAGGCUAGUCAGAGUAAGAAAGGGGAGGACUUCACGUUGCUCAAGACCGAAUGCCAAAGGGUUGGCGACGGAAGCACAUAUUCCGUUUUUGGGUUAUUUGAUGGACACAACGGGUCUGCAGCUGCAAUAUACACAAAAGAGAAUCUUCUAAAUAAUGUCAUAAAUGCCAUUCCACCUGAUCUUAACAGAGAUGAAUGGGUAGCAGCAUUGCCAAGGGCUUUGGUUGCUGGCUUUGUGAAAACAGAUAAAGAGUUUCAAUCAAAAGCACAAACAUCAGGGACAACCGUCACCUUUGUGAUAAUUGAAGGAUGGGUCAUCACUGUUGCAUCUGUUGGAGAUUCUCGCUGCAUUCUUGAAUCUGCUGAAGGAGAUAUCUAUUACUUGUCAGCAGAUCAUAGGCUUGAAUGCAACGUGGAAGAGAGGGAGCGUAUUACUGCUAGUGGAGGUGAGGUGGGACGACUUAAUACUGGUGGUGGUGCAGAGAUUGGCCCUUUGAGAUGUUGGCCUGGUGGCUUGUGCCUUUCACGAUCUAUUGGCGAUGUGGAUGUAGGUGAAUUCAUUGUCCCUGUUCCUUAUGUGAAGCAAGUUAAGUUAUCUUCAGGGGGCGGUAGGCUUAUUAUCUCAAGUGAUGGUGUUUGGGAUGCUUUUUCUGCCGAAGAGGCUCUUGAUUGUUGUCGUGGGAUGCCUGCAGAAGCCGCUGCUGCACAAAUUGUGAAAGAAGCCGUGCACGCGAAGGGACUUAGAGAUGAUACAACCUGCAUUGUGAUUGAUAUAUCACAACCAGAGAAGCUGGCUGCUCCUUUGCCAGCACCAAAGAAGCAGGUAAAGGGAGUGCUCAAGUCCAUGUUUCGCAGAAAAUCCUCUGAAUCAUCCUCUCAAGUUGAUAAAGAAUAUCUUGAGCCAGAUGUGGUAGAGGAAUUAUAUGAGGAAGGAUCAGCCAUGCUUUCUGACAGAUUAGAUACAAAGUAUCCACUUUGCAACUUGUUUAAGUUGUUCAUGUGCGCAGUCUGUCAAGUAGAGAUAAAACCUGAAGAGGGUAUUUCGAUACAUGCUGGCUCAAGUAAUUCAAGAAAGCAGCGUCCCUGGGAUGGUCCCUUCCUUUGCCUAAGUUGCCAAGAGAAGAAAGAAGCCAUGGAAGGGAAAAGACCAUCAGGAGAUAGACACAGUAGUGAAAGUGACUAGCUUGCCAUCCUCACUUUUGUGUUUCUCAAGCACUAACAAUUGUUUGAAAGUUUAACAUUAAUGGGAAGAUGGAACAUUUCCACACUGUUGCCCCAUUCAAUUCUCUUGGGGAGUUCAGAGCAAUUUGUGUUUAAGCUUGCAUUUGGAUCUCGCGCAAUUGCUUCCUUGCAACAAGUCAGAAGAUCAAAGUUAGAGCUAUAUGCAAUUUGAUAAAUCUGUUUCUGACUUAAGGAGUAAUAACAAGUUGUGGCUGGCCACUUGGAAGACUUUGAUGAAGCUUGCUAGUGCACAGUGACACGUCAGAGGUUAUUUGUUUUCCCAUCAGAAUCAAUUAUCAAUUCUUGUCCAAUUCGUAGAGCUAACAUCAAAUGAUAACGGCCUUCAAGUGUAAUAUUGUUAUAUAGGGAGUUUGACUCAAUAUAGCAUUUCAUUCAAAAUGAGGCAAAACUUGUGUUAUGAGCCUGCUGUAUGAAUUUGUUCAUGUAGUAUUAUAUUGAAUCUUUAUAUAGUGUAGCAGAAAUGUGAACUUGGGAAAUGGAAACGUUGGCUUUAUUCA